CACUGUCGGGGCAUUGAACAAAGAAGCUUCCUGCCAGGAAGCACAAGAGCUGAGCGCCCCACCCGGAGCUGCUUCCUGCCAUUGAGACGUCCAGCACAAGGUUUCUGCCACACUGCCAGCAGCUGCAGUCAUCUACAAAGGGACAUCUCAGAGGACUCAUGGCAACUGGCAGCAGCAGCAGCAGCGCUGGCAGGAGCAGUCCAAGCCAGCUCCGCCGCCUGCUGCAGGUGAGCGAGGCGAGUGCCACACGCAUGCAGGCCGUGGCUGAUCUUCUGCUGUUGGCCUCCGAGAUCCGGCCCGUGCUGUCAGGCCCCGCAGAGGGCCCUGGUGCCGAGGCAGUCGAGCCGCACGCGGAACAGCUCGCGUACGAACGCUGCAAGGAGUCCAUCGCACUGUGCGCCAAGAACCUGGAGAUCCUCAUCUUCGAUGUGCAGACGCAUCUCUACAUGGGUCGCUACGCCCAGGUGUGUGACAGUCUCGCCAGCACGGCUGAGCUGGUGGUGGCUUUGACCGAGCGCGCUGCUCACGCCGGCUACCUGGCUGCCAUGGGCACCGCCGACUCUCAGCCAGCGGGGCCAGGUCACCUGGACCGCUACGGCUUGUGCCGGGCCCACCUGGAGCUGGAGCGAAGCUGGACGAGGCUACGAGACACCCCCAUAUGCGAGCUCAACUCGCGCGAGCUCAUGGACGUCUCCACCAGCAUUUCCAGGAACCUCAGGAUGCUCUCGGAGCCCUGCCUGGCUGCCAGCGAGCAAGUGGACGAGCCGUUUGUCCGAGAGCAGCUCCGACUGGGCAUUAAGUGCGUGACGUCAAGCGCCACGGCGCUCAUCGCGUGCAUCAGGGCUUUCAAGGAGCAGCCGGGUGAGCUGAGCCAUCGACGCUGCGUGCUCUUCGGCGCCCCUCUCCUCGAGUCCGUGCAGGCGCUGCUGGGACUCUGCGCCGAGCCAGUCCUGCAGGGCACCGGGGCGGUGCUGAGUCCGCAGGGUCGUGCCAUUCACACGUCGGUGCUGGGUGGAGCCAUGAGCGUCGUGGCCGCCUGCGUGCUGCUGUGCCGGGGAGUGCGCGGAGUGGCUCAGCAGCCCGAAGGGCGCCGGCUGCCGGAGCUGCGGCACAAGCUGCAGCGCGCGGCGUGCGCGGCUUCCCACGGCUGCACUCUGCUCUUGCACGCACUGCGAGAUGCCCUGCAGCCCACGAGCAUGGACGCAAAUGGGAUCAACCUUCUGUGAAGUUCAGCGGCUGGAGUUUUCAGGGAGAAAGAACAUUAACAAGAAAAUUAUCGCAAAAGUAGCUCACAAAGGAAGCCAAUGACGCUGGCUUUUUCGUCACUUUAAACGACAGCGCAGUCUCGAUUUAAAGCUUUCGUGACUGCAGGGAUUCAUCUUCUUGGUUCUUUCGGUAAAGUCACGUAGAAUUGAAAUAAUAAAAUAAAACAAAUAUUAUUUUAUUAUAUUAUUUUAUUAUGUUUUAUUAUUAUUAUUUUAUUAUUUCAAUUCUACGUGACUUUACCGAAAGAACCAAGAAGACAGCGCAGUCAUUUGCGGAACCACGUGGCAUCAUCGCCAAUGCCUCUGUAGAGGUCUCUGUUAAGUAAGCAAUCUUGCUCUUUGUAGAUUUUGGGACACCUCUCAUAAAAAAGUAUCAAAAUGAAGAAUGACAAAUACUUAAUAGGUGUAGGAUACAUUAUAGAUUUGAAGUUGUCGUGACUGUAGGGAUCCAUACUCUUUGGUUCUUUCGGUAAAGUCACGCAGGUAUAAAAUAAAAUAAAUUAAAUCACGACGUUUCGAUUGCAACACAAGCAAUCAUCAUCAGGUGUAGGAUGCAUUCAGAGGACGAUACACAGGGAGAGUAGAGAUGCCACAGAUUCAUGUCCUACAUAUAGUUUGAGCAUUUUGUGGUAGUUGAACCCUACAUUUAUACGUAAAAUAUACUAACUGCGUAAAUGUCACAUUGUAAAAGUUUUGACCAAACACAACCUCCUUGGAUAGAGAUUGUUUUUGGCACGGCCACUGCUAAGCCAGGAAACAGGCCGAGAGGAUUUGGCCAGGAUUUGUAGGAUGCUGGAGCAUGGCAAGAAGCCAUGCACGCGGAUAACAUCACACAACUCAAAUCACAGAUACCCAAGCAGCCGUGACGACAAAACCAAAACACGACUCUACAUGUCAGGUUACACGGACACUUGGCUGCGACCGACCAUACGUCAGCCCACACGUAUUGUAUGAGGUGGCCAGAAUAGAUCAAGUGGAUCUGUGCGCUUGUCUGUAUGGACGAUGACUUUUCCCCUUACAUGUGCAGCGACGCAGAUCGGAGACAGUAAUACUUCUGUAUUAACCAAGCACCAUCGGGAUAUAUACACACCCGAUGUGGGUGAACACUAUUAUAAUUAAGACCGUCUCUUGUCUGCGGCACUACUUAGUUAGAACAGUUGGUAGGCUGUCUGACGAACAGAGUCCCUGGGGAUGGUGAAGACGGAGACGACGACGACGAGAUGGUGACGACGACGAGAUGGUGACGACGAUGAGAUAGUGACAAAGAUGCUCUUGAACAGCACGACGGGGAUUCCACUUCCAGCAACAGCCAUGAGGUCUCGCUCAGGGCCCCCUCAUUAUACUCCCAGCGUGGCCUCGCUCCGCCCCAGCCACGCCCCCUUUCUGGAACCUACUAGCAGGUUCCCGGGGCUUCCCGAUGGGCCGCUUCUGUGACCUUUCCCCUAUAUCGUGGCCUGCUGACGCGAGUACUGCCAUACACCGCAGUUACCCUUUUCUGCCAGCAGCCGGCGCUAUACCACUACACAGGCAUUGGGUAUUCUUUGGGUCCUCCAGUUUCCUCCGACAUGCACAAAACACUUUAGGAAUCCGCCAGUACUAUAUUGUGAUACACGAAUUGAUAUGCAAGAUAUUGUAUUUUUUAUAUUAAUAUAUUAUAGGUGUAAUUGAAUGAUAUUAACACUAUUAACAGUAAUACGGUGGAUUAACCACCUAAUACAUUUCUUUUAAGUUAACAUUGACAUCAAGUUUAUAUUAUGAACACUGACAACAAUCUGUGUAUUGUUAAUUAAAUAUUCCAAGACAAUAAAAUAUAAUUGUGUAAAUCUACAACCUUCAGAGUUAAAUUAUAUGUGAUGAAAACUUUGUCUGCUCAAUUAAUAGCCAAGGCUGAUUGAGCUCAAUAUUUUUUAAAGGGAAAAAUACAAUUUGCUUGAGUUUGAACCUUUGAGUGUUUUCUCAGUGUAAAUUGGCAACUCCGAGUUAAAGUUAAGUCGGGCCAUUUUGAAGGUCACAUGAGGGUCAUACGACAGUGGAGAGCCAAUCACAGUUCAGCAUUUCUGAAAAAAACCCUUUACCCCCCCCCCCCCCUCAUGUAAAUACCUCAAAAGCAGGUGGAUUAUUUAAAAUCCACAAUUUGACAAUAGCAAUUCACCAUUUCCUUUCCUCUUAAUUAAAGCUUGUUUGUUAUUUUCUUGGUUCUUUCGGUAACGUCACGUAGAAGGGAAACAAUAAAAUAAUAAAAACAUUUUAUUGUUUUAUAUUUUUAUUAUUACCGAAAGAAACAAAAAUAUGAAUCCCUGCAGUCACGAAAGCUUUAAAUCAAAACUUGUUUGUUAUAUUAAGACAACAAGUUGCACAUUAAACUGGCUCAUGAAAAGUAGCUAUGUAAAGUGCAUAAGUACCAUCGUAUGAACAGAAACACUCCCAUGAGUUAGCGUCUGUGUUUGUAGGCACAGUUUAAAAGCAACUAAAAAUGUUGUGGUAAA